AUGGCGUUCCAUAAACCCUGCAAUCAAAUCCCAUUGUGGAAAUUAAUUUUCUGUACCUCUUGUAUUUAUUUAUUGACCGCCGAGGCAGCCAUAAGUCAAAUAACCUAUAAGAAGACAAAUUUGGCAGAAGAUAAAACCCUGAAGAAACCUCUGGGAAUAAAUGACAAAUCAACAACAACAUCUAUCCCACUAACCAGUAGUGACACUACCACCAGUCCCAACGAGUUAACACUAAAAAACACAACCGAACUUGUACCCUGUACCUGUGGUAUUUUCCUUAAUACACAAUUUACAAAGGGUUCAACAGAUCCACCACGUGGUGAGGCGGUGGUUUCAAAUUCAUUGGAUCGUACUUUCGCCUGUAAUGGUAUCGGACAGAAACAUUGUCAGACGAAAUGUUUGGAACAGAUUGUCCGCCAUCUACCAAAUUCGGCCAAUAUUCUUUGUGCUGCCCUGGACCAUGACAUACAUAAACAGCGAGCCUAUUUGUUUACCAAGAAUUGCCAGGAUAUUUGGGUAAACACCAAUUUAGCUGCAGGACGAGAAUAUUGUUGUAAAAAUCGUGAACCUUAUAAUUGUAAAUUACCACAGUAG